GCCUGGAUACCAUUAGCUUUGAAGACCCAGUUUCGGCCGAAUACUCCAUUACCUAUGGAGGUCUCCGGUUACGCUCUGAUCGUGGGUGGAGGAAGCGGGAUAGGCCGCGCAUGUGUGAUGGCAUUUGCGAUCCAAGGCGCCUCGGGCAUAAUGGUGGCAGACCUGGACCAAGCCGCCGCCAAGGCCGUUACCGACGAGGCCAUGCGCGUGGCCGAGAACCCGAGUCUCCGGAUCCACUCGCGGGGAAUCGACGUGCGAAGCGAGGCGUCGGUCGAGCAAGCCUUCCAGGACAUGGCCAGCCUUUUUGGGAGAGUGGAUUACUGCGUCAACUGUGCGGGGAUCGGGGUUGAGAAGGCUGCUGCUGUCGCCGAGGCAGAUGUCAGCGAGUUCGCCCGCUUCCUCGAGGUCAAUGUUACCGGGACGUUCCUGGUGACGCGCGCCGCGUCGGCGGUGAUGGCGGCACAGGAGCCGCUCCCACAGCUGCAGCGUCGUGGGCCUGGCAAGGAGGCGGUCGGGGGACGCUCGGCCUUUCGAGGCGCCAUCGUCAACAUGGCGUCGGCAUCGUCUUACGUUUCCACUCCGGGCAUGGUGCAAUACACGACCUCCAAGCACGCGGUGCUGGGCUUGUCGAAGAAUGCAGCACUGGACAAUGCUGCCCAUGGGAUUCGUGUCAACUGCAUCUGCGCCUCUUGGGUGCGGACGCCCAUGGUGCAGAAAGCCAUCGACAACGUGUCGGGCCUCGACAAGAUGAUCGAAGCAGCUGUGCCGAUGGGUCGCAUGGCACUCUCCGAGGAGAUCGCCGACUCGGUCAUCUUCCUGUGCAGCCCGCUGUCCAGUUUCAUUACUGGCUGCGGCCUCAUCGUUGAUGGGGGCACCACGCUUACGUCCAAAGUCUAGAGCAGGCCGGAACUUCUUGGUUCAAUUUGGUUCCAAGGUUGUAAUGGCGUGCAUGAGAGCCCUCGUGCGCCACUUUGGCUG